AUGUCCGAUACCGAGCAGGAAUGGAAGCCCUCGGGCAAGGUUCGGCCCCAGUCGACAAUGGCGCAGGCGUUCUCGUCGGCGUUAGACAACGCUUUCAUGCUGGACAGCGACGUCAACCACCUCUCUCAAACCAUUGACCAAAAGAAGCAGCAGAUGAUCAUCCAGAGCCGGGAGCUCGAGGCUCUGCAGCAACGCAUUCGAGAGGCUGAGGAACGCCUCAAGUCACGGCAGUCCGUCAACUAUGGCCACUCCGCACCCACACCGCAGACGGACCGCAGUGGGGAGGCUCAGACCGCCGCUCCCGAAGAAGGGUCGACGGUCACCGAAGGGCCACAGCAAGCGUCCGCCCCAAAGGGAAAUGAGCCGUGA